AUGAGUACCUUCGGCUACGAGACGUACUUCCCCUCCUACAAGCGGCGCUUCGUGGAGAGCGCGCCCCGGGUGCAUCACCUCUCCAGCGUCCGGAGCACCGGCGGCGGCGUCGGUGGCGGCGGCGGCGGCUAUGGAGCUGCACGCUCGACCUACUCCAGCCUCUCGGCGCCCGUCUCCUCCGUCUCGGUCCGGCGCAGCUACACCUCCUCUUCUUCCUCCUUGCUCCUGCCUCCCUCGGUGGAAAGCCUGGACCUGACUCAGGUGGCGGCCAUCAGCAACGACCUGAAGACCAUCCGCAGCCAGGAGAAAGCCCAGCUGCAGGACCUCAACGACCGCUUCGCCUGCUUCAUCGAGCGCGUGCACGAGCUGGAGCAGCAGAACAAGGUGCUGGAGGCCGAGCUGAUGGUGCUGCGGCAGAAGCACAGCGAGCCGUCCCGCUUCCGCGCCCUCUACGAGCAGGAGAUCCGCGAGCUGCGCCUGGCCACCGAGGAGGCCAACCACGAGAAGCAGGCGCUGCAGGGCGAGCGCGAGAGCCUGGAGGACACGCUGCGGGCCCUGCAGGCCCGCUACGAGGAGGAGGUGCUCAGCCGCGAGGACGCCGAGGGCCGCCUGCUGGAGGUGCGCAAGGGCGCCGACGAGGCGGCCCUGGCCCGGGCCGAGCUGGAGAAGCGCAUCGACAGCCUGCUGGACGAGCUGGCCUUCCUGAAGAAAGUGCACGAGGAGGAGCUGGCCGAGCUGCAGGCCCAGAUCCAGUACGCGCACCUCUCCGUCGAGAUGGACGUCUCGGCCAAGCCCGACCUCUCCUCCGCCCUGCGCGACAUCCGCUCCCAGUACGAGAAGCUGGCCGCGCGCAACAUGCAGAACGCCGAGGAGUGGUUCCGCAGCCGCUUCACCGUCCUCACCGAGAGCGCCGCCAAGAACACCGACGCCGUCCGCGCCGCCAAGGACGAGGUCUCCGAGAGCCGGCGCCUCCUCAAGGCCAAGACGCUGGAGAUCGAGGCCACCCGCGGCAUGAACGAGGCCCUGGAGAAGCAGCUGCAGGAGCUGGAGGAGAAGCAGAACGCCGACCUCGCCGCCCUGCAGGAUACAGUUAACAAAUUAGAAAAUGAACUGAGAACCACAAAAAGUGAAAUGGCACGGUACCUGAAAGAAUACCAGGAUCUCCUGAAUGUGAAAAUGGCUCUGGACAUCGAGAUUGCAGCAUAUAGAAAACUGCUGGAAGGUGAAGAGACUCGGCUCAGUUUCACAAGUGUGGGAAACAUAAGCAGCGGCUACACACAGACAGCUGGAACCUUUGGAAGAUCGGCCUACGGGGGUUUACAGAGUAGUUCCUACUUAAUGUCAGCUCGUUCCUUCCCUGCCUAUUAUUCAAGCCAUGUGCAAGAAGAACAGAUAGAUGUCGAGGAGACGAUUGAGGCAACUAAGAUGGAGGAAGCCAAAGAAACUCCCCCUUCAGAAGGAGAGGAAGAAGAAGGUACUUCUGUGUGGGAAAAAAUAAAUUCUGAAAUGUCUAAGGAAGAAACUGAAGAGGGUGAGGAGGAAGGUGAAGGAGAGGAAGGGGAAGGAGAAGAAGAGGCUGAGGAAGCAGACGAGGGGGAUAAAAAGGAAGAGGGAGAUGAACAAGAAAAAUCUAGCGGAGAAGUAACUCCAAAGCAGCAGAAGAAGGAUUGA